AUGUCAUCAUCAUCAUCAUCAAAAUUAAAAUCAGAUGUUGAUCAACUUGAUGAUCUUGUUAAAGAUUUACUUAAUGAAGUAAAUCGUCCAAUCAGUAAUAAUAAUAUUCAUCGAUAUUCUUAUCAACGUCAUUUAAAUGAUGAUUUAUCAAAUUCAAAAUUAUCAUCAUCACCAUCAAAUAUUCCACAACAUUCAAAAGCAACGCGUGAAGAACGUAUACGUAUUAAACGUGGUACUGGUACUACUGAUAUUCCUACAACUAAAUCUCAACCAUCAUCCUCAUCAGCAAUUGAUGAACAUCUUAUUGAUUCAUUAUUAGAAAGUGUUCAAAAUACAUUAAAAAAACGUGCACAAAAAAAUCAAUCAAAUGUAACAACCGAGAUACCAAUUCAUAAUCGACGAACCUAUAGUUCAAGUGCUGCUCAUACCGAUUCGAUUCAUCGUAUGGAUCCAAAUCGAGGUCGAUUUCCAAUAAAACUCUAUCGAGCAGAUAGUUCAACAAGUACAUUAUCAUCAAGACGACCUUAUAGUCGACAAGAUACUCGAGAUGGUUAUGCAUCAGUAUCAACGACUGCCAUUCCGACAUAUUUUCGAGCAACAUCAGAACCACCACCUGAAGGACCUAUUGAAUUACGUCGUAUGGAUUUAAUUCGUUCACCUUCGCGUACAUAUGUUGAUUCAUAUAUACCAAAUGAAUAUUGUUAUCAUCGUUCAACAUUACCAACAAGGAGUAUUCGUAUGUGUGGUCCUGAUUACUCAGGUUAUGAUACUGAUACAGGUUUGAUGACAUCUCAUGUUUAUCCUCCACGGUAUUAUCGUGUUCCAGCACCAGCACCACCACCACCGCCGCCUACAUAUCCUUAUUAUCGUUAUCACGAAAAUUAUCGUUCAAUGCAUCAUCCAGAUGGUUACGAUACUGACAGUGGUUUAGUUAGUAGUGGUCGAUUACAUAUGACACGCCCAUUCCCACCACGUAUGGCUGUUAUACCUGAAGCUGUUAUUGUUAAUAAUCGAAUGGCAUCAUCAACUAAUAUACGUGGUGGUUCUGGUCUUAAUCAAAUAAAUCGUUCAGAAAAUAUAACUGGUUAUGAAACAGAUUCAGGUAUGAAUACACGACAAUCUUAUCGUGGAUAUCGACAAAUACCUGUUGAUAUACAACAUGGUAAUAAUGAAUGGCUAAGAAAUCAAUCAAGGACAAGAUCUAGUUCACAACAACAACAACAACAAAAAUUUAUUGAUAAUAAUCAAUAUUAUCGUCAAACACAAGAACAAACGCGUGGUACAUCAGUACCUGUUUUUAGUCAUCAUUCUGAACAACAACAACAGCAACAAAAAAUAACAACAAGUACACCAUCACCAUCAUUAUCUCCAGUAAAAACAACUAAAAAAGGUAUAUCAAUAUUACCAACUCUAUUUCCGGGUUCAGUUGGUUUAUCAAAUCCAUUGAGUGAUAAUAAACCUCAACAAGAACAACAAGAACAAGAACAAGAACAAGAACAAGAGCAAGAACAACAACAAACAUCUGUAGUUGAAGUAAAACGUAAAAUUUCGAACGGUCAUAUUACAAAACGAGCACCUAGACCACAUGGAACUAUUAUUGAGAGUACUAUAUUACCAUCAUCUAUUGAUCCUGGUGUAGCAGAUACAAAUAUUAUUUCGACUACAGCUGAGACUAUAUCAAGUGCAAAUGUGGAUAAUCAAACAACGAAAAUUCCAUCAACAAUGCCUACAUUUCCAGUGAUAAAUCAAUCUUAUAGUACAAAUACACAAAUAGGUCCAGGCAAUAGUUCAUUACGAAAUCAAGACGAAAGUUCACGAAGAUCAAGUGUUUCUUCUAUAGGAGAUUCUGAUGUAAAUCGUAAUGGUGCUUAUCAAGCACAUAAUGUAAGUCAAUUUUGGUAUAAAGAAAAAAUGUCACGUGAAGAUGCCAUUAAUUUACUUAAAGCAAAACCACCUGGUACAUUUCUUAUUCGUGAUAGUCAAGGUUUUCCAGGUUCUUAUGGUCUAGCUGUUAAAGUUGAAACAUUACCACCGGGUAUUCAUUCAAAACCAGGUGCCGAUCCUCUUUCUGAACUUGUUCGACAUUAUCUUAUUGAACGUACACCAGCUGGACAUGUUCGAUUGAAAGGUUGUUCUAAUGAACCAGAUUUCGUUAAUCUAUCAGCAUUAGUCUAUCAACAUACAAUAACGGCACUUGCCUUGCCAAUAAAACUUAUUCUACCAACAGUUGAUAUUGCUGAAGAUUUUCAUUCUAUGACGAAUCAACAAGUGGAAGGCAAAAAAAUGUCUGUUAAAGAUUUAUUAGAAAAAGGAGCUGCUUGUAGUGUUGUUUAUUUAAAUAAUGUUGAUGUUGAAUCAUUAUCCGGUCAAAUGGCUGUAGCUAAAGCAUUAAAUACCACAUUUGAAAAUGCUGAACGUUUACAAGCUACUGUUGUUAAUUUUAAAGUAUCGAAUACUGGUAUUACAUUAACAGAUGUUAAGAAAAAAUUAUUUUCACGACGUCAUUUUCCAAAAGAAUAUGUUACUUAUUGUGGUCUUGAUUAUGAAACAGAUCGUCUUUGGACAUAUCAAUAUAGUGAUCUUGAAAUGUUACCAUGUGCAAAAUGUUUUGGUUUUGUAUCAAAAAAAAUCAAUGGUACAAAAACUUCUCAAUCUGAAAAUGAAUGUCAUAUAUUUGUUGAAAUUGAUCCAUCACAACCAGCAACAGCUAUUGUCAAUUUUGUAUCGAAAAUUAUGAUUGGCAGUAUACCUGUCUAA